AUGGCAAGUUUCGCGGUGUCCGUGUUGUUGGUGCUGCUGGUGGUGCAUCCAGAUGCGUCAUCCGGCAGGUGUCAUGUCCAAGAUGGCCGCCUUCAUUGUUCUGAGGCGUGCGACGCGGACGCGGUCCGCGCUUCCGAGUUCGACGGGAGGAUCGUCCUGACGGGUCACGUUCUGGACUUCGGGUGUCUGGACUUCUUCGGGAUCAAGAAAGUAGAGUUGCUGAGUCCCACUAGAUGUGAGGGCAAUUUUCGUCCGUCGUUGGUGGAUCCGGUAGAUUUUUGCGUGACCAGACGGGUUACGGUGGAUCUUCAAACUUCUUCACCACACCCUCCGUCCGUCCCGAGCUCUUCGACGGGAAUUCCGGUGACUCCGGAGGGACUGGUGAUUCUGACGACGGCUACUCUUCCCACUUCCUUGUCGACGGAGGCGACAUCUGUCGUCACUCAUGGUGGUAUCGUGAGCACACAAGAUUCUAGUACGGAUUCAUCCGUGAGAGUUCGGUUGCUGACGACGCAUAUUGUUCCUGAAACGACAAAACAAACUACGCCGGCUCCUACAACAAGUAAGCCUUCUAUCAUCGUUUCGGUGCUGAAAAAUCUUCCGGAAACCCGAAUUCACUCUGGGGAACAUGCCAACGUCACAUUAACGGUAGUGGAGGGAAAAGCGGUCUUGGGCGCGGAGUUCGCUACCGAGCUAUUUUCUAAUUGGGCCAUUGGGCUAAUUAGUGGUCUUGGCGUGACGGUGUUUGGUUUGGCUGCUGGGUGGAUGGCCUGGUGCUUGAGAAAAAAGUGGUCUUGGCGUGACGGUGUUUGGUUUGGCUGCUGGGUGGAUGGCCUGGUGUUUGAGAAAAAA